AUGUUCAGGACCAAACGAUCUGCGCUCGUCCGGCGUCUCUGGAGGAGCCGUGCGCCCGGCGGCGAGGACGAGGAGGAGGGCGCGGGGGGAGGUGGAGGAGGAGGCGAGCUGCGGGGAGAAGGGGCGACGGACAGCCGAGCGCAUGGGGCCGGGGGCGGCGGCCCGGGCAGGGCUGGAUGCUGCCUGGGCAAGGCGGUGCGAGGUGCCAAAGGUCACCACCAUCCCCACCCGCCAGCCGCGGGCGCCGGCGCGGCCGGGGGCGCCGAGGCGGAUCUGAAGGCGCUCACGCACUCGGUGCUCAAGAAACUGAAGGAGCGGCAGCUGGAGCUGCUGCUCCAGGCCGUGGAGUCCCGCGGCGGGACGCGCACCGCGUGCCUCCUGCUGCCCGGCCGCCUGGACUGCAGGCUGGGCCCGGGGGCGCCCGCCAGCGCGCAGCCUGCGCAGCCGCCCUCGUCCUACUCGCUCCCCCUCCUGCUGUGCAAAGUGUUCAGGUGGCCGGAUCUCAGGCAUUCCUCGGAAGUCAAGAGGCUGUGUUGCUGUGAAUCUUACGGGAAGAUCAACCCCGAGCUGGUGUGCUGCAACCCCCAUCACCUUAGCCGACUCUGCGAACUAGAGUCUCCCCCCCCUCCUUACUCCAGAUACCCGAUGGAUUUUCUCAAACCAACUGCAGACUGUCCAGAUGCUGUGCCUUCCUCCGCUGAAACAGGGGGAACGAAUUAUCUGGCCCCUGGGGGGCUUUCAGAUUCCCAACUUCUUCUGGAGCCUGGGGAUCGGUCACACUGGUGCGUGGUGGCAUACUGGGAGGAGAAGACGAGAGUGGGGAGGCUCUACUGUGUCCAGGAGCCCUCUCUGGAUAUCUUCUAUGAUCUACCUCAGGGGAAUGGCUUUUGCCUCGGACAGCUCAAUUCGGACAACAAGAGUCAGCUGGUGCAGAAGGUGCGGAGCAAAAUCGGCUGCGGCAUCCAGCUGACGCGGGAGGUGGAUGGCGUGUGGGUGUACAACCGCAGCAGUUACCCCAUCUUCAUCAAGUCCGCCACACUGGACAACCCGGACUCCAGGACGCUGUUGGUACACAAAGUGUUCCCCGGUUUCUCCAUCAAGGCUUUCGACUAUGAGAAGGCGUACAGCCUGCAGCGGCCCAAUGACCACGAGUUUAUGCAGCAGCCGUGGACGGGCUUUACCGUGCAGAUCAGCUUUGUGAAGGGCUGGGGCCAGUGCUACACCCGCCAGUUCAUCAGCAGCUGCCCGUGCUGGCUAGAGGUCAUCUUCAACAGCCGGUAGCCGCGUGCGGAGGGGACAGAGCGUGAGCUGAGCAGGCCACACUUCAAACUACUUUGCUGCUAAUAUUUUCCUCCUGAGUGCUUGCUUUUCAUGCAAACUCUUUGGUCGUUUUGUUUGUUCGUUUGUUUGUUGGUUGGUUUUCUUCUUCUCGUCCUCGUUUGUGUUCUGUUUUGUUUCGCUCUUUGAGAAAUAGCUUAUGAAAUGAAUUGUUGGGGUUUUUUUUGGAAGAAGGGGCGGGUAUGAUCGGCAGGACACGCUGAUAGGAAGAGGGGAAGCAGAAAUCCAAGCACCACCAAACACAGUGUAUGAAGGGGGGCGGUCAUCAUUUCACUUGUCAGGAGUGUGUGUGAGUGUGAGUGUGCGGGUGAGUGUGCACGUGUGUGCAGGAGCAGCAGAUGGGGAGAUGGCGUGCUCUUUGUUUUCUGUCUCUUACAGAUGUCCCCAGCAGAGAGGUUUGCAGUCCUAAGCGGUGUCUGUCCUGCCCCUUGGACAUGCUCAGUGGGGCAGAGGCAGUACCUGGGCAAGCUGGUGGCAGGGGUCCCAGCAGCUGCCAGGAGCACGGCUCUGUCUCCAGCCUGGGAAAGCCCCCGCCCCUCCUCUCCCUCAUCAAGGACACAGGCCUGUCCACAGGCUUCUGAGCAGCGAACCUGCUAGUGGCUGAACCAGAACCAAUUGUUUUCCUCCUUGUCUUACUCCCUUCCCGCCAGCCCCUGCCAUUGUACUGUCUUUGUUUUUUGGCCAUCUGCUCCUGGAUCUCCCUGAGAUGGGCUUCCCAAGGGCUGCCGGGGCAGCCCCCUCACAGUAUUGCUCACCCCGUGCCCUCUCCCCUCAGCCUCUCCCCUGCCUGCCCUGGUGACAUCAGGUUUUUCCCGGACUUAGAAAACCAGCUCAGCACUCCCUGCUCCCAGCCUGUGUGUUGAGCUCUGCUAUUAGGCCAGCAAGCGGGGACGUCCCUGGGAGGGACAUACAUGCUUAGCGGUCCCCUUCCCUCCAAGAAGGAUUUGGUCCGUCAUAACCCAAGGUACCAUCCUAGGCUGACACCUAACUCUUCUUUCAUUUCUUCUACAACUCAUACACUCGUAUGAUACUUUGACACUGUUCUUAGCUCAAUGAGCAUGUUUAGACUUUAACAUAAGCUAUUUUUCUAACUACAAAGGUUUAAAUGAACAAGAGAAGCAUUCUCAUUGGAAAUUUAGCAUUGUAGUGCUUUGAGAGAGAAAGGACUCCUGAAAAAAAAACCUGAGAUUUAUUAAAGAAAAAAAUGUAUUUUAUGUUAUAUAUAAAUAUAUUAUUACUUGUAAAUAUAAAGACGUUUUAUAAGCAUCAUUAUUUAUGUAUUGUGCAAUGUGUAUAAACAAGAAAAAUAAAGAAAAGAUGCACUUUGCUUUAAUAUAAAUGCAAAUAACAAAUGCCAAAUUAAAAAAGAUAAACACAAGAUUGGUGUUUUUUUCUAUGGGUGUUAUCACCUAGCUGAAUGUUUUUCUAAAGGAGUUUAUGUUCCAUUAAAUGAUUUUUAAAAUGUACACUUGA